AUGAGGCUGGUCCACCUGGACCUCAAGGGAGCUGCACCCAGGGUCUCCUACCUGGAGCAGGUUUUCCCCCUCCUCUCUCAGCUGGGAGCCAACGGGAUCCUCAUUGAGUACGAGGACAUGUUCCCCUUCAAGGGGGAGCUGGAAAUCCUCAAGUCCCCGUACGCUUACAGCGAGGAGGACAUCGAGCGGAUCCAGCAGCUGGCGGAGCUCCACAAGCUGGAGGUGGUUCCUUUGGUGCAGACCUUUGGGCACGUGGAGUUCAUCCUCAAGCACGAGAAGUACCAGCACCUGCGGGAGGUCGAGCGCUUCCCCAACAGCUUCAACCCUCAUGUCCCAGAGACCCUGGCCCUGCUCAAGAGCAUCUUGUCUCAGGUGAUGGAGAAGCACAGGCGCUCCACCUGGAUCCACAUCGGCGCGGACGAGGUCUUCCACCUCGGGGAGGGGAUGGACUCCAAGAACUGGAUGAGCCGCAACAAGGGCGACACGGGGACCAUGUACCUGAAUCACAUCAAGGAGGUGCUGGGUUUCAUCUCCACGCAGUACUGGGGGCUGCGGGCGCUCAUGUGGGAUGACAUGCUGAGGAAGAUCAGCGUGGGAGCCCUGCGGGAGUCUGGGAUAGCCAAGCACGUCUCGCCCGUGGUGUGGUUCUAUGCACCCGACUUCGAGGCUGAGCAGAUUGGUAAGCUGCCCGCGCUGCGCUGCCAGGGCAUGGUCCUCACCGGCUGGCAGAGGUACGAUCACUACUCGGUGCUCUGCGAGCUGCUGCCCAUCGGCAUCCCCUCCCUGGCCAUCUGCCUGCAGACCCUGGUGAACGGUGAGCACCGAACCGGCGCCGACGGGCCCGUCCCUCAUCUCCCCACCCUGGGGUGCUGGGAGGGGGGGGGCUUCACAGAAGAGGCGAAGAGGAAGGUCCUGGACACGCUGGGCUUCCAGAGCAUGCAGCUGGAGCAGAGCACGUGCGAGGGCAGAGGAGUGUUCCCUGGUGCAGAGAUCUACCACAUGGUCGAGCAGGUUAAUGGCCACCUGAAGGAGAGCAUCCUAAAGGCCCUGGAGGAGGAGAGUGCCAUCAAGGGCUGGUUCAGCCCCUAUCAUCGGAAGCACCAGUUCGGCAACCCCCGCAACAUGGAGACCUUUGGCAGCAAGGUGCUGAAGUACGUGGUUCUGGGGGCCAGAGGCUCCCUGGUUGCCUGCGUGGGGCUGGGAG